AUGAGUGCACAAGUCUGCGUGUUCGGGAUAGUAGCAUGUCUACAAGUACUCGUGCACAAUAAGUUAAGCUUCCUGCUCACUAGAACAUUUUUGGGUCUUGCUGAAGCUGGGUAUAUUCCCGGUGCGAUGUAUACACUUUCUACCUGGUAUACGAAGGAAGAGUUGACGAAACGAAUCGCCAUAUUCUUCUUCGGCAUGUUUGGUGGAACGGCCGCUUCUCCGCUUCUUGGAGCUGCUCUGUUGAGGCUGGACGGAAAGUGUGGGCUUUUUGGCUGGCAAUGGAUCUUCCUCGUUGAGGGUCUUUUCUCCGUCGCAGUCUCUAUUUUUCUCUUUUGCUUCCUUCCUGAGCACAAGGAAGUCCCUAGGUCAUCCAAUCAAGUGGACUUUAGUGGGCUUCGCCCAAUGAAGGGACCGUUGGCUCACCCUAGCAAACCGCAUAUACCAUUCAGAUUGGUUUGGAAGACCUUGACAGACAUGCGGAAAUGGCCGCAUUUUAUUGCCACAGGCUGUGUCUUCGCUACAUGGAGCCCUCUCACAACAUACACCCCGAGCAUUUUCAUGGAACUGGGUUUUGCUCGAAUUAAGGCAAAUGCAUUUUGUGCAAUCGGAAGCUUGCUCACUCUCCCGGUGAUUCUUUUUUUUGCGUGGAUGAGCGACAAAUUGAGCAAAAGAGGCCUUACCGUCAUGGUUGCUAUCUUCGUGUACUUGAUCGCGUUGGUAAUGUUGAGAAUCAUGAUGCACCGUGUGGAUAAAUGGGGUAAGCUCGGCCUCUGGACAACAGUCAAUGCUUUGGCUGUAGGCUAUCAUCCAAUCCACAAUUCUUGGAUCCAAAUCAACUGCAAGAGCUCCGAAGAGAGGAACAUAAGCGUUGCGUGA